GAAGCGGCAUAAUUUACUGUCGUACUCGUGAUGAAUGCGAUCAAGUAGCACAAAUGCUGAGCUUUGCGCAUAUUCAGUGCCUCUCCUAUCAUGCGGGGCUUUCAAAUAAGGUAAACAUUAAAUGUCAGCAUCGAAAUUCGAUAAUGCGCGAUGAGGUCCAGAACAAGUGGAUGAAAAACGAGGUACCGGUGAUUGCUGCGACAAUAGCCUUUGGUAUGGGUAUUGACAAACCGGAUGUGCGUUUUGUUGUCCAUUGGACUUGCCCACAAAAUCUUGCUGCCUACUACCAAGAGAGUGGAAGAGCUGGCCGUGAUGGCCAGAGAAGUUAUUGUAGGAUAUACUACAGUCUAUCUGAUAAGGACUUUCUGCAUUUUCUUGUCAGAAGGGACUUGGCUCUGUUGAAGGGCAAGGGCAUCAGUGAAGAGUCAAAAAAGCAACAAGCGGCGGCCAUGCAGCUUGGGUUGGAAAAGAUGGUGGACUAUGCAGAAGUAGCACAUUGCCGUCAUGUGUGUUUUGCAAAGUACUUUGGAGAAAAUGACCUCCCUCCCUGCCGUCAACAUUGUGACUUCUGUAAAGAUCCAAAAGGGACAGCGAGAAGAGCUUCUCAGUUCCAGGUAAUCCUUUUUGUCCCUUCUUUCUCCCAGUUCAGUAAUAUCUGGUUUUUAGACCGCUUGUACUUCGACUAAAA